UCUUCCCCCGGGGAAGUGGGUGCCGCGGUGCAUGCUGGGGUCUGUGCUCCACUUUGAAUGGGGGAGUGAGUAUAGCGGGCGCCUAGUGGGAUACUGGGGGGUACAUGUAUAGAGGGUUGACGUCACGUUUUGAUAUCGCAGUCUUGUGAGUGGCUGUAGGAGAGCCACGUGAUAGUCGAGUCAACAGGAACAACAACAAUAAUAAGUGUGUCGUGCUGAAUCGAAGUGUGUUAGUACGGACAUCAUCCUCAGUACUAGGUUCCCCGUGUAAGCACAGCAUGGCUCACAACAAGAUCCCACCCCGGUGGCUGAACUGCCCUCGCAGGGGACAGCCAGUGGCAGGAAAAUUUUUACCUUUGAAAACCAUGUUGGGUCCCAGGUAUGAUGAUCAGGUGCCUGAGGAGAAUCGAUUUCACCCGAGUAUGCUGUCCAACUACUUGAAAAGCCUGAAGGUAAAAAUGAGUCUGUUAAUUGAUUUGACAAACACUACAAGAUUUUACGACCGCGCAGAGAUAGAAAAAGAAGAUAUAACGUAUAUAAAACUUCAGUGCAAGGGACAUGCUGAGUGCCCGUCUCAAGAAAACGCAAGAGCAUUCAUUCUCUUCUGUGAUCGGUAUAUGGACCAAAAACCAGAUCAGCUUAUUGGUGUCCACUGUACGCACGGCUUUAACCGGACGGGUUUCUUAAUCUGUGCCUAUUUAGUUGAGAAGAUGGAUUGGAGCAUUGAAGCAGCAGUAGCCACAUUUGCACAGGCCAGGCCUCCAGGAAUUUACAAAGCAGACUAUCUCAAAGAACUAUUCCAGCGUUAUGGGGAUGUUGAAGAUGCUCCUCCUCCUCCUGAACUCCCGGAGUGGUGUUAUGAAGAAGAGGAUGAUGUGGAUGAUGAGGGUAAUGGCAUACUUCAGGAAGCAGAGCCAGGAUCUUCAGGAGCACCAACCAUGACCAAAAGGAAAAAGGAGCGGUUAAGACUGGGAGCCAUAUUUUUAGAAGGCAUCACAGUAAAACAUGUUGCUCAGAUAACAACUCAACCAAAACUUGGAGAAGUCCAGUGGAAAUGUCAACAGUUCUCCUCUUGGGAAGGAUCUGGGUUCCCUGGAGCACAGCCUGUAUCCAUGGACAGAACGAACCUGAAAUUUCUCGAGCAGAAGUCAUAUAAAGUGAGCUGGAAAGCAGAUGGAACACGGUAUAUGAUGCUGAUUGAUGGAAAAAAUGAAGUGUAUAUGAUUGACAGAGACAACUCAGUAUUUCAUGUAUCUAACCUUGAGUUCCCCUUUCGCAAAGAUCUGAGAGUCCAUUUGACAAACACGCUUUUAGAUGGGGAAAUGAUUAUUGAUAAAGUGAAAGGACAGGUGGUGCCUCGAUUUUUGAUAUACGACAUUGUCAAGUUCAAUGGUCAACCAGUUGGAGACUGUGACUUUACCAUCAGAAUGUCCUGCAUUGAAAAGGAGAUAAUUCUUCCAAGGCAUGAAAAAAUGAAAUUGGGACUCAUAGACAAAACACAUGAACCGUUUAGUGUGAGGAACAAGCCGUUCUUUGACAUCCAUGCUGCAAGAAAGUUACUUGAAGGAAGCUUUGCGAGAGAGGUCAGCCAUGAAGUUGAUGGACUCAUCUUUCAGCCUAUUGGAAAAUACAAAGCCGGUCGUUGUGAUGACAUUUUGAAAUGGAAGCCUCCUAACAUGAAUUCAGUAGACUUUCUGCUUAAAAUAACUCGAGUUGGAGGAGAAGGCCUUUUGACUCAGAAUGUUGGAUUACUCUAUGUUGGAAAAUAUGAGCGCCCUUUUUCACAGAUAAAGGUGACAAGAGAUUUAAAACAAUAUGACAAUAAAAUCAUAGAGUGCAAGUUUGAGAACAAUUGCUGGGUCUUCAUGCGGCAAAGAGUUGAUAAAAGCUUUCCAAAUGCCUACAAAACAGCUCUGGCUGUUUGCAACAGUAUCCAGAAUCCAGUAACCAAGGAUAUGCUGUUUGAAUUAAUUGACCGACUUACAGGAGCUACUCAGGGACAGAUUCGGAAGCAGCCCCUGGAUCCUGAUGCUCAACUUAUGCCCCCACCACCACCUAAAAUAUCACGGGUUGCUAACUGAGAUGCAGAUUAAGUGAAGCAAAGAGACAUCAUCUCGGAGGAGGAGGAUGUUCAUGCCCUCAGCACCACCUAAAAUUUCAUGGAAUGUUUACUGAGAUGCAGAUUGUGUGACGCAAGAGACAUCUCCAAGGGGGAAGUUCAUACACAUUUUCCAGUGUCACAUUCUUGCAAUAAGUACCUUUUCAUAAAAAAAAAUCUUUUUGCACAUAGUUCUUAUUGUAGCUCUCUUAAUGUCACAAAGAUACUUUCUCAAAAUGCACAUCAAUGACUAAGUGCAUUUACCUUGACUCCAUCAUGAAAGCGCAUAGAAUGCAAAGCAUCAAUUUAGAGACGUUGAAAGACGUUUUUUUUCCCCGAAGAUGGGCUAAAAAGAACAGUUGGCUCAAAGAACUUGACUUUGUUUUUUCUUAUGUAUUUGUCCACCUUGGAUAUAAAAGGAUGGCUUCCCCCUUCCAUCCUUAAAUAUAUUUUUAUUUUAUUUAAUUGGUUAGUGUAUGUUAAGAAUUAUUUAAUGUGCAUUUGUUUUCCAUUAUUUCAACAUGAAGAUCACCGGCUCUAAAUAUUGAUUGACCUGUAUAGAAAGCAACAUUGUCUAGUUUUGCUUGUUUUAAAUUUUGCUUCAUAUUUUCAGAUUAAAAAAAGUGGAAAUUUG